AGGGCGGUGGAGGAGAGCUCCACCAGCCCUGCGGGGUGAGCAGUCCAUCCCUGGGUCCGGCGGAGCUAACACACUACAGCCGGAAAACUUCCAUCUCCAUCUCCUGGCUUUGAUCCUCACCGGACAGCAGACCCGAGGCGCCGACCGACCGGAGGGAGGAUGAGAGAUGACCGGUCCUUUGGCAACCUGACCAUCUCCUUAGCAGAGCCUUCCAAAGCGAACCGGAGGCUGGCCACACGACCCAGGAGGCGCCGCGCCUCUUGUGGAUGUGUGUGUAUGAGUGAGCAAGCGGGUGUAUGUGGUGUGUGUGUGUGAGUGAGGGUGUGUGAGUGAGGGUGUGUGUGCGUGUGUGUGUAUGUGUGCGCUUGUGGUGUGGAUGGGUGUGUGCACAGCACAAUUGCGUGGAAGCGUGUCCGGGUGAGUGUGCACUCGUGAGUGUGUUUGUGUGUGUGUGUGCGCGCGCGUGCUCUUGGCUGCUAUUAUUAUUAUUAUUUUGGAAGAAAAAUCCUGGAAAUCUGGGACAGGUUAUGGUACUCCCAGGGUGAUUUCUCCUUUUGCAAGAGGAGCUGACCAGAGAAAGCCACCAGAGCCAUUUCCCUGCCAGCAGAGAGCAUUUUCCUCCCUGAAGAAGGAUUUCUACCCAGCUCUGCAGCCAAGUGAAAGAGAUUAGCCUUGAAACCUGUGAAAUCGACUAUCGCUGUGUGAUUACCCAGGCUUGGGAGAGGACUUGGAAAGAAAAGGAGAAAUAAAUCAAACAGCCUGUCAGGUUUUUUUUUUUUCUUUUGCCACGUCGGAAGAUGUCAUCUCAAACUAAGUUCAAGAAAGACAAAGAGAUCAUUGCCGAAUAUGAAGCCCAAAUAAAAGAGAUCCGCAUGCAGCUGGUGGAGCAGUUCAAAUGCCUGGAGCAGCAGUCAGAGUCGCGGCUGCAGCUGCUUCAAGACUUGCAAGAGUUCUUCCGCAGGAAAGCUGAGAUCGAGCUGGAGUACUCCCGCAGCCUGGAGAAGCUGGCCGAGCGCUUCUCCUCCAAGAUCCGCAGCUCCCGGGAACACCAGUUCAAGAAGGACCAAUACCUCCUCUCACCCGUGAACUGUUGGUAUCUGGUACUGCAUCAGACCCGGCGGGAGAGUCGAGAUCAUGCCACCCUCAAUGACAUCUUCAUGAACAAUGUCAUCGUCCGUCUUUCCCAGAUCAGUGAGGAUGUCAUCAGACUCUUCAAAAAGAGCAAAGAGAUUGGCCUGCAGAUGCAUGAGGAGCUGCUGAAGGUGACUAAUGAGCUCUACACAGUCAUGAAAACUUACCACAUGUACCACGCGGAGAGCAUCAGUGCGGAAAGCAAGCUGAAGGAGGCUGAGAAGCAGGAGGAGAAACAGUUCAACAAAUCAGGAGACCUCAGCAUGAACCUGCUCCGGCAUGAGGACCGGCCCCAGCGCCGCAGCUCUGUGAAGAAGAUUGAGAAAAUGAAGGAGAAGAGGCAGGCCAAAUAUUCUGAGAACAAACUCAAGUGCACGAAGGCGCGCAAUGACUACCUGCUGAAUCUGGCAGCCACCAACGCAGCUAUCAGCAAAUACUACAUCCACGAUGUGUCUGAUCUCAUUGAUUGCUGUGAUUUGGGCUUUCAUGCCAGUCUGGCCCGCACCUUUCGGACCUACCUCUCAGCAGAAUAUAACCUGGAAACCUCUCGCCAUGAGGGCCUGGACGUCAUAGAGAAUGCAGUGGACAACCUGGACUCCCGCAGUGACAAGCACACCGUCAUGGACAUGUGCAGCCAGGUCUUCUGCCCUCCGCUCAAGUUCGAGUUCCAGCCCCACAUGGGGGAUGAGGUCUGCCAGGUCAGUGCACAGCAGCCCGUCCAGACAGAGCUGCUUAUGCGGUACCAUCAGCUGCAGUCCAGGCUGGCCACUCUCAAGAUUGAGAACGAAGAGGUUAGGAAAACCCUAGAUGCCACCAUGCAGACCUUACAGGAUAUGCUGACUGUGGAGGACUUCGACGUCUCUGAUGCCUUCCAACACAGUCGAUCUACAGAGUCCAUCAAGUCAGCCGCUUCUGAGACCUACAUGAGCAAAAUCAACAUCGCCAAACGGAGAGCCAACCAGCAGGAAACAGAAAUGUUUUAUUUCACGAAAUUUAAAGAAUAUGUGAAUGGCAGUAACCUUAUCACCAAGCUGCAAGCCAAGCAUGACUUACUCAAGCAGACACUGGGUGAAGGGGAGAGAGCAGAGUGCGGCACAACCAGGCCCCCCUGCCUUCCCCCUAAACCACAGAAAAUGAGGAGACCUAGGCCUCUUUCAGUGUAUAGCCAUAAGCUCUUUAACGGCAGUAUGGAAGCGUUCAUUAAGGAUUCAGGACAGGCUAUACCACUUGUAGUCGAGAGCUGUAUCCGAUUCAUCAAUUUAUAUGGACUCCAGCAGCAGGGAAUAUUCAGAGUUCCAGGGUCUCAAGUUGAAGUCAAUGACAUCAAGAAUUCCUUUGAGAGAGGUGAAGACCCCCUCGUGGAUGACCAAAAUGAGCGAGAUAUCAAUUCAGUCGCUGGUGUUUUAAAGCUGUAUUUCCGAGGCCUGGAAAAUCCACUCUUUCCUAAGGAAAGGUUUCAAGAUUUGAUAUCUACUAUUAAACUGGAGAACCCAGCUGACAGGGUGCACCCCAUCCAGCAGAUCCUCAUCACCCUGCCCCGCGUGGUCAUCGUGGUCAUGAGAUACCUCUUUGCUUUCCUCAAUCACCUUUCCCAGUACAGUGAUGAGAACAUGAUGGAUCCCUACAACUUGGCCAUCUGCUUCGGGCCCACCCUCAUGCAUAUCCCUGAUGGGCAGGACCCUGUAUCCUGCCAGGCGCAUGUCAAUGAAGUCAUCAAAACCAUCAUCAUCCACCAUGAAGCCAUCUUCCCCAGCCCGCGGGAGCUAGAGGGACCCGUGUAUGAAAAAUGCAUGGCUGGAGGGGAAGAGUACUGCGACAGCCCACACAGUGAGCCAGGGACGAUUGAUGAAGUUGACCAUGACAAUGGCACAGAGCCUCAUACCAGUGACGAAGAAGUGGAGCAGAUCGAGGCCAUCGCCAAGUUUGAUUAUGUGGGGCGGUCCCCUCGUGAGCUGUCCUUCAAAAAAGGGGCCUCAUUGCUCCUGUACCACCGUGCCUCAGAGGACUGGUGGGAGGGCCGUCACAAUGGCGUGGAUGGACUCAUCCCUCAUCAGUACAUAGUUGUACAGGACAUGGACGAUGCCUUCUCCGACAGCCUGAGUCAAAAGGCUGACAGCGAGGCCAGCAGUGGACCACUGCUGGAUGACAAGGCCUCCUCCAAGAAUGACCUCCAGUCCCCCACAGAGCACAUCUCUGAUUAUGGCUUUGGGGGGGUGAUGGGCCGAGUGCGGCUACGGUCUGACGGAGCGGCCAUCCCCAGGCGCCGAAGCGGGGGCGACACACACAGCCCACCCCGGGGCUUGGGUCCCAGCAUAGACACGCCACCCCGAGCUGCUGCCUGCCCCAGCAGCCCCCACAAAAUCCCCCUCAGCCGUGGGCGGAUUGAGAGCCCUGAGAAGAGGAGGAUGGCGACAUUCGGGAGCGCCGGCAGCAUCAACUACCCUGACAAGAAGGCACUGGCAGAAGGGCUCUCCAUGAGGUCAACUUGCGGCUCUACCCGGCACAGCAGCCUAGGGGACCACAAGUCCCUGGAGGCUGAGGCCCUGGCAGAAGACAUCGAGAAGACCAUGAGCACAGCUUUACACGAGUUACGGGAACUCGAGAGACAGAACACUGUCAAGCAGGCGCCAGAUGUGGUGCUGGACACCCUGGAGCCCCUGAAGAAUCCACCAGGCCCCAUAAGCUCGGAGCCUGCCAGCCCCCUGCACACCAUUGUCAUCCGAGACCCCGACGCCGCCAUGCGCCGCAGCAGCAGCUCCUCCACUGAGAUGAUGACCACCUUCAAGCCUGCCCUGUCGGCUCGCUUGGCUGGUGCCCAGCUGCGCCCACCCCCGAUGCGCCCAGUCAGACCCGUGGUCCAGCACCGCUCCUCCAGUAGCAGCAGCUCGGGCGUUGGCAGCCCGGCUGUGACACCCACCGAGAAGAUGUUCCCCAAUAGUUCCUUGGACAAAUCUGGCACUAUGUGACCUGCAGGACUGGUGACACCGCCGUGGCCCACUGCAGCACACCGUGGCCUAGGGUGGCCUCGGUGGCUUCCACUUGCUUCCCAGGGAUCUCCUGGCCAUGGAGGGCAGAUCCUGCAGGUCAGCCUGGGAGGGUGUGUGUCUGUGGAGAGCAGAGGGCCAGGCGUUAGCUGUACCUCCUACUCAGCCGUGUGAAUGCCACAGACCUCUUGUGGGCAAAUAGACAUGCCAAGGUAUGCUGGAGCAAGAUCAGUCCCAGGGACCGUGUUUCCUAAGACUGAGGCAGAUGCUUACCAGCUUCUCAUAUUGUCACUGGAAAAUUACUCUCUCGAUAUUCUCUACAUACGUAUAUAUGUGUGUGUAUAUAAAUACGUGCAUAUAUAUGCAUAUGUGUACGUAUGUGUCUGUAGGUGUGUGUGUAUAUAUAUUUAUGCAUCUAUAUACAUAUACUAGAGAGCUGGACAUACACACAUGCUAACUGUAUAUAGACGCUCCUUUUUUUUCUUUUUAUGAAACUUAGAUUUACCUCAGACCCAUGCCACCAAACAUCUCCCACUGUUAUUCGGUGGGAUUUGCAGGGACUUCUCUGGGAGAACUUAGAGGCCCCACAGGAACUGCGAACGAAGCAAUAUACCACUAACCUGCAGAGACACAAAACCAGAAACAGUCUCCAGCUGUCUCCAGAAGUCGUGGCCUUCUAGAACAGUCUGCCCCUCAAGGAAGGAUGGGGCAGGCAGUACCCCCAAGCAGGCUGCUCCUAAAGGUGGGGAAUCCUUCAUAGAAAACCCUUCAUCCACCCCCACAGAGACCCUGCCCUGCCACCCAGAGGCCAAAGGUCAACUGUGUACCCCAAAAGGUACAGGAGAGGUUGGUGUGAAGACCCUUGGGUUUGUAUGCAGAGUCGGG